GUUUUACACACACAAUUUGGCUGAUUAUCAAAUUGCCAGCUAACAAAUUUACAAUGGAAUUUAUGUUUGAGUCGGAGCUCAGCAAUGAUUCAAAUUCACAUCAUCAGGAAACUACCGAAGAGUCCAUCACUGAUGAACAUGAGAACCUUAUUGAUGAGGCCAUUAAAAAUAUUUCUAGAAAUUUGCGAAAAGGAGAUUGGACAUAUUUGGGAAGACAUCCAGAGGUACGUGCUAUAAUUCGCGUGAUUGUAAUGCAAGCCGUUAAAGAGAAACCCAAAAACAUUUUUGCUUUUGCGGCUGAUCUGUUUAAUAUAAAAAAACAGAAAAAAAUGAAAAAAAUGAUCAACAAGCAGUUGAAAUGGGUGAAUAAUCUGAUCCAUAAGGGCGCCUGGACAUCUGUCGAUGGAUCUUUGUUGUUCCCUGAAACCAGCUCCGAAGAUGAAAUGCGCGGAAAAUGCAUGUCCACUUUCACACGGACCCCUGAGGUGUUAGAGGUGAAAAAUAUGUGCCGGGAAGAUUUCAAGCCAAGUUGCUAAAUUUAUUGAAAAAUA